CUUGUUUUGACUUUUUCAGGAUUUUCUGGAUUUAACCUCGUUUGGACAUUUGUGGUGCGCCUUGUUUUGAUGUCUUCAUCCAGUUGCCCUGACUGGAGAUGGUGGACAUCUCUCGGAUUUCAAACGUGGAAACGUAGCAUCCAAUUAAUCAGGGACUGCAACUGAAGCCCGGGCGCAGUGGCACUUGGUCUGAGCUCUACCUUUGGACUCGUUUGGGAGAGUGCGCGAGAGGACGCACGGCUUUGGAGAAUGAAAAACACACCUGGCGCGUCAUUUCACAUGAUUUUCAUAGGACAGCUACUGCGUUUUACCUUUUAUUGAGAUAUUUCUGUGGCUUUUGACACCGACGCGCAAAGUGGGACACUAAAUGAGAGGAGUUUUCACUUUGGAUUAUAAACCCAACAGUCAGACAAGGGUCAGGUCUGCAUGGGUCAUAUUUAAGGUUCUUCAUAGGAACUGAGUCUAAGAUGAAGUUAUGGGAUGUUUUGGCCACAUGUUUGUUGCUCCUGAGCUCUGUAGCUACUCGGCCUCUUUACUCAAACGCUCGUCCAGCCAAGAGGACUUAUUUCCCCAGCAGCAGUGAUUCUGUGUCCAUCUCAGAGGAGGACAGCGAAGAGGCCAACUUCCAGCCCCAACAGCACAGUCUGCGUCAAAUCCCAAUGGAGGAUCAGAAUUACAUGCGAGGGCCUUACCCAAACCACCUGGAGGACGUGAUGGAUUUUAUCGAGGCCACGAUCGGGCGACUGCGGAGGUCCUCUGAGGCCGGAGGAAACAGCCGAGGUCGAAGGGAACGACAGAGAGGAGCAGCAAACGCGGGCAGAGACAGAGAGGGGAGGAGCCACAGCGACCGGCGGAGGGGGCGGUCCCGGGGCCGAGGGGGGAAAGGAGGCCGCGGGGACAGGAACAGGGACAGGACGACGGCGGUGCAGGGACGAGGAUGUCUCCUGAAGGAAGUCCACCUCAAUGUGACGGACUUAGGCCUGGGAUACCAGACCAAAGAGGAGCUGAUCUUCCGCUACUGCAGCGGACCCUGUGUGGACGCCGAGACCAACUACGACAAGAUCCUCAACAACCUCACACACAACAAGAAGCUGGACAAGGACACGCCCUCUCGCACCUGCUGUCGGCCAAUCGCCUUUGACGAUGACUUGUCCUUUCUGGACGAUAAUGUGGUGUAUCACACUCUGAAAAAGCAUUCUGCCCGGAAGUGUGCCUGUGUCUGAGGGCGACGAAGGACACCAGGAACAUUCUGAGGAUCUAAGGUUCCUUCACACAUUUACAG